AUGCUUUUAUUUAAACUCCUAACUGCAUUUAAGCUUUAUCAUCGUAGAAUUCAACCUAUCGUUUCAGGCAGUAUUUUGUCGUGGAGGCGUUCUCAAUCACACUACAAGACCAAAUUAUCUACUCAUGAUCUUGUGGAGGUGAUUAACCAAAAAGCCAAAAUUCACAAAUAUAUAAAGCCACAAGAACCUGGAGAAUCGUUAUACACAAAUAACCUGGAAAAGUGUGAAUCAGAACAGAAAAUUAACAUCAUUUCGGAAGAUGAUCAGUUGGAUUUCGGUGCUCUUAGUGCGGAUAAUUUAGAUCGACAACCGUAUCAUGAAUCACUUAUUCCUCGAUCCAUGGAUGUGGUAGAAAAAAAAUCUGUCAUCGAUGAACUUGUAAGUACUGAUGAAUUUGAAGAAGAUCCUGCUGAUUGUUUAAGACUAAGCAAAAUUUAUCGUCGUCAUCCUCCGGAACAUUACUCUGAUUUAAUAAGGCGUUAUUGUGCAACAGGUGAUACAAACUCAGCAUUAUCGGUAUUUUUCUCUGACAUGUUAGAGAAAGAUCGUGUUCUACCAUCGAGAUUUCAUGUUCAUGUACUUAUGAAUGGUUUGGCCAUGGUUGGAGAUAGUGAAAAUGCAUUUCGUGUAUAUAGAAAGAUGAUUGAAUUGGGUAUCUCUGCAACUCAGGCAACUUAUUCAUAUUUACUUCGCGCUUGUGCCGAAGAUAUUGCAACAUGGUUUCGAAAUAAUAAAAUAAAUAUUCCGCCUAUUUUACAUCAUAUUGGAAAUGAUUUAUCAUUAGUACAGCGUAAAAAGCUAGCUCUUCAGAAAGUGUUAACAUUAGACAUGUUACCAGAAGAAUUUGGUGGACCGGCAGUUCAUAGAGUGCAUUCUUUUUGGCGUCGUAUAACAGAGAAAAAUAUUCUACUGAAUCAAUUUACGUAUAAUGCACUUAUUUCAGCUCUUGCCAAAGCUGGUGAUAUUCACGGUUGUUUACGUGCAUUGGAUAUGAUGAUGACAACGGAGAAUUGUGAAUAUUCUACUGGAAAAUCAUCUAAAUAUAAAAACAAAUGGUUAAUUCCUAAUACUUUCACUUUAUCAUUCAUCUUGUCUGCUAUUGUACCAGCUACUAUGAAAAGAAAUCUUCAUUGGUGCCGUCAACUUAUGAUAAGUGGUGCUGACGAUAAUACAUCAUCAAAACAGUUGACAAAUACAAACGAUACUGCUUAUCAUCAUCUUAGCCCAUUUCAACUUGCUUUAUCUUUAUGGCAUGAAUUGAUUCCAUUGAUAGGUGGUAGUGUUGCUCCGCAUCAUUUCACUUUAUUAGCUAAAAUAAUGGCAUUACCAAAUGAUUGUUUUGAUACACAUAGUAAUUGUGAAAUGGUUUUUGUGAAUAACACACGUUGCAAAUCAUUUCAAGAUAUACUUAAAUCGGUUAAUUCAACCAAAUCUAUGAAUCUUUUGAUACAUCCAUCUUGUACAUCGAGUGAAAUCGCUUCAAUGAUGAUUGCACAAGCUCAACAACAAUCUCUAGUGUCAUUGAAUAAUAAUAAUAAUACAUCUGUCAUGGAAUUGAAUUCAACCAAUAAUGAAUUGGUAGCUCAGAAAAAAGCAGUAGAAUAUCAAUUAGAUUGGAAUGAUACAAUGUUAGCCCUUCGUAGUCCAAUAAAUGUUCUACUACCACCUACUGAUAAACCAAUAGUAAUUUGUGGACCAAAAAAUCAAAAUUUCUAUCCAUGGCAACGUCUUGCACUUGUUGGUGGAUUACAUGGUUUAUUAGAUUUCAUUGCGAAUUAUUAUCAAUUAAAAAUUGAUAUACAAUUUUUCAAUGCAAUCAUUUCUGUCUUACCAUAUCCAAUACAAAAAUCAAUUGAUUCUUCUAUGGAAAAUGUUUAUGAUUUAUGGGAAAUGGAAAUUUUCAAUUUACUUGCCAAAUGUAAAUUAACACCGGAUAUUGGAUUAUACAAUGCAUUGAUUCAUCGUAGAACAUCUAAUGGUGUGAAUGCGAAUUAUUUAUUAGCUGAUAUGACUCGUAAAGGAAUUAUUCCUGAUCAAAUUACAUGGGGUUGUUUAGCUAGAGGUUGUCAUACAAAAGAAUCAGUUAAACAACUUUUACAUGGUUACGAGAUUGCUGCUACAACUCCUUCAUUACCAUCCACUGACAGUGGAUCAUUAUUGCUGCAUGAACAAAAAAUUUACAAACCAAUUUUUCGACCAAGUUUUACAUUCUUCAGUACAUUACUAUCAACAUCUGGUUUUGAUUGGGAGUUGAAAGCAUUCGUUAUUAAUUAUAUGAUGUAUUCAAAUCAUGUCGAUGAAUUAACAUCUGGCAAAAAGUCGUUCAUGUCAAAACGUCAUGUAUCAUCAUCAUCCUCAUCAUCGACAUCAUCAUCAUCCACAAGUCCAGUGGAUCAUAAUAAUCAUCAAUUUGAUGGAUUUGAAUUAGAUCGUCGUGUUAUUGCAGCUAUUGAUAUAGAUAUUGGUUUAUUUCGUGAGCUAUUAGUGAAAGGUGUAAUUCCAAAAGAUGGUUCAGCUGUUCCAGCGUCAAAAACUGGUGGAUUUUAUGUUGCUCCAAAUGCUAUCCGUUCAUUUUAUAAAUUUUAUAAAAUCUAUAAACGAUGGUUACGUGAAACGCCUGUGAAGAAACCAUGUUAA